UAUUGCCUGUCGAUAUGGAUAUGCAUGGAAGCCUUCUGCCUAGACGAGGCUCAUGUAGGGAGGAGGGAGGAGGAGGUCGGCUGUAUGCACUGAUAAUCUUCUUUAAGCAUCAGCACUAUCGUCCCCAGGCAGUUCUGUAUAGACCGGGGGGAGGGAAGAGGCCCUCCUCGGAACUUACUCGGGUUCAUAGCCACACCGUGCCGUCUCAUCCUCGCAUCUGACUCCCCGACCAGAAUUGAAGCCCAAGCUCUCUUCCCUGCUUAGUCCCUUCCACAUCAUGAGCCCUGUGUAAGAGGGAUUACGCCGGGUUAUGUCAUGAUAUGCACGGAAUGCCAGGAUGAUGCUUUCUGGCAGAUGGCAGACAGAAGGAUCGAAUGGCUUGCCAGGGGGACCAGACAUCAGGAGACCACCGAGGCCUGUAACCAUUGCUCCAUUGCUGUGCGAGCAAAAGAAGCGCAACGGAGGGCGAAACGGCAGGAAACAUCGAUUGGAAGAAGAGACGGGCCUUUCUCCUGGCGUGCGCUCAUUGGCCCCUCCUCCCUUUCUUCUUUCUUCUUCCUUUCUCUUCCGCUUUUCUUUUCCAAUCUCUCCCUCCCUCUCUCUCUCUCUCUCUUUCUCCUCUCACCAGCUCACGGACUGCUGUCCUCCUUCCUCCAAUCGUCAAUGCGGUUGGUCGCGCGAGUGAAACCCAAUGACACGCACGGAUUGACGCACAUCGUGGGGGACAUCGUCAAGAGAACACCCAUCUUGGGAAGGAUUCAGUCCAAGCGAGAAAGGGGAAAAAUCAAGAGGAAAAAGAAAACCCCGAAAAAGAAAAAGAAGAGAAAAUAAACUAGAGAAUGGGACGAUCAUCCAUAUCAACUGCAGAAUCCUCUCUCCCUCCCUCCCUCUAUCGCUCAGGACCAC